AUCGGGCUCAAGUUUCCUCUCUUGGCCGAAAGGGGCAGGAGGAGACGAGAGCCACGGGGAAAGGGGAGGGUUGGAGGAAGGACUGAGAACUCGGGCCGAGGGCUCAGAGGGAGGCGGUGCGCCUGGUUCAGGCUCCCAGCGCCAGCCCAGUCCGCACCUCACACUCAGCGCUCGGCAAUGGCCCGGGGGCGGGGCGCCGCCCGCACGGGUCCUCAGAGGUAGCAGAGAUCCUGUCCUGGAGGUGUCAGCUGAGGCCCAGCCUCCCCAGAGACGACACCCGGAGCUUCAUCUCUCUCCUCUCCCUGCUGGGACUCUGCCACAGAUUGCUGGGGUCCUUUGGGCUUCGGGGGAACUUGGACCAGACCCUGGCCAAGUAGGAUGCCCCCGUGUCCUCCCCAGCAGAGCAGAAACGGGGUGAUCCAGCUGUCCACUCCUGAGCUGGGCGAGAUGGAACUGACUUGGCAAGAGAUCAUGUCCAUCACUGAGCUGCAGGGUCUAAACGCUCCAAGUGAGCCAUCGUUUGAGCCUCAAGCCCCAGCCCCCUACCUUGGACCCCCACCACCCCCCGCUUACUGCCCCUGCUCAGUCCACCCGGAUGCCGGCUUCCCCCUCCCUCCACCACCUUAUGAGCUCCCAGCGUCCACGUCCCACGUCCCAGACCCCUCGUUCUCCUACGGCAACAUGGCCAUACCAGUCUCCAAGCCAAUGACCCUCUCGGGCCUGCUCAGCGAGCCCCUCCAAGACCCCUUAGCCCUCCUGGACAUUGGGCUGCCAGCAGGGCCACCCAAGCCCCAGGAAGACCCAGAAUCCGACUCAGGCUUAUCCCUCAACUACAGUGACGCUGAAUCUCUUGAGCUGGAGGGGACGGAGGCUGGUCGGCGACGCAGCGAGUAUGUAGAGAUGUACCCAGUGGAGUACCCCUACCCACUUAUGCCCAACUCCUUGGCCCACUCCAACUACGCCUUGCCACCUGCUGAGACCCCCUUGGCCUUAGAGUCUUCCUCAGGCCCCGUGCGGGCUAAGCCCACUGCACGGGGGGAGGCAGGGAGUCGGGAUGAACGUCGGGCCUUGGCCAUGAAGAUUCCUUUCCCCACGGACAAGAUUGACUUGCCGGUAGACGACUUUAACGAGCUAUUGGCGAGGUACCCACUGACAGAGAGCCAGCUGGCGCUAGUUCGGGACAUCCGACGGCGGGGCAAGAACAAGGUGGCCGCCCAGAACUGUCGCAAGAGAAAGCUGGAGACCAUCGUGCAGCUGGAGCGGGAGCUGGAACGUCUGGGCAACGAGCGGGAGCGGCUUCUCAGGGCGCGGGGGGAGACCGACCGGACCCUGGAGGCCAUGCGCCAGCAGCUGACAGAGUUGUACCGUGACAUUUUCCAGCACCUUCGAGAUGAAUCAGGCAACAGCUACUCCCCUGAGGAGUACGCGCUGCAACAGGCUGCCGAUGGGGCCAUCUUUCUGGUGCCCCGGGGGACCAAGAUGGAGGCCACAGACUGAGCUGCCCCAGAGGGGUGGCACUGGCCCAGGGGAUUUCCUUCACUUCCUCUGAGAAAGGUGCUCCCCAGUCCUGAGAUUCAGAAGGACCUGAGUUCUCUAGACCAGAAGAGGAUGACAAUAGGAACAGGUGUUUGGAAGGUUGCCUUGAGUGCAUGAGGGGAGGGCUGGAAUCUCUCUUCCCUGACUGGCUUCUCAGGUCUCCAGCCUCCGUCUGUCUAUGCUUUGGUCUAUAAAGUACUCUACAGAAAUA